AGUGGUAUAAAUAUCUCACCGCUCGUCGUGCGCUCUCUUGUGGAUUCGCUUGGGCACUGAGCUUGGCUGGUCGGACACAAAGAGAUGCGCUCUAAUCCCCAAACUGUGUGAGUGGGUGUUGGAUGGAGACGACGUCCUCUCAUUUAGCAUCUGUUGCUGUCGUCAAAUGAUCAUCCUUGCCUGGUGGAGCGCGUCGUUCCACCUCUCACAUCAGGACCAUGGCUGAGGAGAGAACGGACUCCAACUCCAGCGGCUACUAUCUGACGAGCGCCUCCAGGAAAGUCCAGGGCAGCCCGGUGUUUUCAGGAGCCACGUCCGUCAUCCUGAUGGUGAUGAUGGUCAUUUUGGUGACAGUCAUCGUUUUGGGGAACGCGCUGGUCAUUUUGGCCUUCAAAGUGGACAAGAGUUUAAGAAGACAGUGCAAUUACUACUUCCUUAAUUUGGCUAUUUCAGAUUUUCUUGUAGGGGCUUUCUGCAUCCCAGUCUACAUCCCUUACACCCUGACAGGCCGCUGGACCCUGGGCAGAGGGCUGUGCAAACUGUGGCUGGUCAUGGACUACCUGCUCUGCUCUGCAUCUGUCUUCAACAUCGUCCUCAUCAGCUAUGAUCGUUUCCUGUCUGUCACCAGAGCAGUGAACUAUCGUGCCAGGCAGAGCAUGACUCACCAGGCCAUAAUGAAGAUGAUUGCUGUCUGGGUGCUGGCCUUCGCCCUCUAUGGUCCAGCCAUCAUAUUCUGGGAGCUGGCUGUGGGCAGGAGCCGUGUCCCGAUGGACGAGUGCUUCGCGGAGUUCUACCACUCUUGGUACUUCCUUCUGAGCNCCUCAAUGCUGGAAUUUUUCACCCCUCUCAUCUCUGUAGCUUUCUUCAACCUCAGCAUUUACCUAAACAUUCGCAGGAGGAGACUGAACAGCAGGAAGGUUCAGCUGCAGCAGCAAAUGAGCGAACCCGCCUCGGCUCAGGGGGAGGGCACGCCCCUGUCCAACACCUUGGGGUACGGGGUGAAAAUGGCUUUAAGAGGCUCCAUCCACUCUCAGAGCUCCUCUCCCACUAUUGGUAAACCAGACCCCUCACCCGGCAGAGUGGCCCAGCCCAGCCGUCUGUCCAGGGAUAAGAAAAUUGCUAAGUCCUUGGCCAUCAUAGUGUGUGUGUUUGCCAUCUGCUGGGCACCGUACACUCUACUGAUGAUCAUCAGGGCCGCCUGCAGAGGGCGAUGCAUCCAGCAUCACUGGUACGAGGUCACCUUCUGGCUUCUGUGGCUCAAUUCUGCCAUUAACCCAUUCCUUUACCCACUUUGCCACAGCAGCUUCCGCAGGGCGUUUAGCAGGAUCCUGUGUGCAAAGCGACUCGGUGCACCAUCAUCUGUCCCCCGUGCUGGCCUGUGACCAGCAGACCGAUGACAAAGUACGGACGGGCAGACAUGGACCGACACUCACGGACAUCCAAAUGCUCAAGUCCCAGCAAAGAAUCUACUACACCUCCAUCACAAGCCUGUCAGAUCAAAUAGAAGUAAACACAUUUGUAAUUUUCAAUACUGCUGUGUUAGGUUGGUAGGAAAACAUGUUGACAGAAUAUUGUUAAAUAUUGUAAUACUCACAUGUACCGACUGUACGAUGUACUUUUACUGUGUAUACCUGCAAAGAUCAGGCAAAGAAAUGCAGAGAAAAAAAAUUAUUUGUACGACAGAUUUUUUUUAGUGAGAUAUUUUUCACAUAUUCAGUUAAUUACAUUAUUUUUAAGUUUAUACAGUACUCAGUCUUCUGUCAUCUUUGUUUUAUUAAUAAUUCUGCAAAUGAUUUUCCUUCCCAUAUAAAAGUAAAAAACACAAAAACCCAGAAGCAGGGGCUUUUAAAAUAGACUUAGUAACCCAGAGUUGGUCUCCAGGGUGACCCUAAUUAUUAUAGGACAACACAGGGCACCAGGCCGGAUCUGAUCCCUGAUACAUCGAGGUCAAUGCUUCAACCUCGACUCAUCACUUUAAAAGGUUUUUGCCAUUUUUGUUCCGUAUAGUUGUCUGUCCUCGUGCAUUUCUCAGAUCUCUCUGCAGGACUGCUUUUAUCUUUUAAGUCAAGACGACUCCUUUGAGACCGUCCACAGUACAAU